AUGGCGCCGCCGGCGUUGCUGCAGUGGGUGGCCACGCGGGGCCCCACAUACUUGGCAGGUUUGGCGAAGAGCCCGUGGGUGGGCGGCCUGUGUGGGGCCGCGAGCACGCUGGGCUGGCUGGCGGGUGUGCUGCUGCUGCUGCUGCUGUGUGUGCUGCUGCUGUGUCUGCUGCUGCUGCUGCCGCUGCCGCGCAGCUGGCGCCGCGUCUACCGGCCCGCAGUCAUCGGCACGGGGGCCCUCGCCCCGCGGCCCCUCAACUUGGCGCUGCUGCACAAGGAGCAGCAGCAGCAAGGUGCUGCUGCCAGCUGCGGCGCAUGCGAAAGCCCCAGCAGCCGCAGCUGGGGCUAUUUGCUGCGCCUCUCUGGCCUAGUGAGGCCCUGGCAUGCGCACCACAAGCGGGGCCUCCUGGGGGCCCUCGCCUGCCGUGCUGCUGCUCCCAUCUCCCCUGCAGGGGCCUCGGGGGCCCCCGGGGGGCCCCCCGGCGCCCCUACGGGGGCCCCGGGGGGCCCCCCGGGGGCCCCCGACACCUUUGCUGCGCAGCCCAACUCUUCCUUCCCCCUCUUUCUGCUGCCCCACAGCGCAGUGGACAGAUUUGCUGGCUGGGGGGGCGAGGCUCCCGUGGCUUCUCCGAACUUUUCUGAACAUCCUUCUUUUGCUGCUGAUCUCCACAAGCCCAUCAAGGGGGAGUUGCUGCCUGCUUCGCCGCAGCAGCAGCUUCAAAAGGCUUGGUUUGGGGGCCCCCCGCCCCCCGCGGACGCUGCAGCAGCAGACGCUGCUGCUGCUGCUGCUGCUGCUGCAGCGGCGGCGCACAACGCGGCCCCCAAGGCCCUCCCCCUCGCGCAGGGCGGCGGCGACUCCGCCGCGGGAGGCACCCCGGGGGCCCCGCCCCCCAGCAGCAGCAGCAGCAGCAGCAGCAUGGGGUUCCCGGGGCCCGGGUUUGCUGCUGCUGGCUUGUCGAGGGCCCCCGGGGCCCUUUCCGAGGCCCUCGUGGCCGCAGGGGCCCCCGAAGGGGCCCCCGAACAAUGCAAGUCCUGCCAACUUGCUGCUUCGUGGCUGCAGUCGCCGGCGCUGCACCGGCAGCAGCUGCUGCAGGCGUGCCCGUCACUGGGCCGGGGCUUCGCGCCCAGCAGCUUGCUGCUGCAGCACCGGCUGGUGCAGGGGCUGCUGCUGUUCCUCCAGGAAGAAACUGGAUUUGUUCGACUUAUUAAAUUUGAUAAAAGGUAUUGGGUCACUUCUGUAGAUGGCGACAGAGUCCUUUUGCAUUACUACAGACACCGCACGGACCCCGCGGCCUGUCGCGACAGCUGGGGCCCCGCGCAGCACCCGCAGCCAGCAGCAAGUGCUGCUGCUGCUGCGGCCGAAGCGGCAGCAGCAGCAGCAGCAGCAGCAGCAGGGGCCCGGGCCGAAGACGUCGGCUGCACGGACAGCCGCUUCCCUCACGGUAGACCCCACGGCCGCUGCGGCUGCAGAGGCAUUUUGUUUAUUGUGGGCGGUAUCGGCGCUAAGGCGUACGACAUGCAGGUGCAGCACGUGGUGCUGCUUGCUGCUGCUAAGGGUUUUUGUGUCUUUUUCUUAUCUUGCUUGCGGGGAAUAGAAGCCCCCAUAUCGGACUUGCCCACCGACCUCACCACCAGUGCUGAUGUUCAAGCUGCUCUUUCUUUCAUUUUGCAUCUCCACGUCAACGGCUUCAAGGACCCCAACCAGCAGCAGCAGCAGCAGCAGCAGCAGCAGCAGCGUGGCGCGGCGGAGGCGGGCGCGGAGCCGCGCCGCCGCCAGCAGGGCCACGAGCACGCCCAUACCCACCAGGAGCAGCAGCACUGGCAGCAGCAGCAGCAGCAGCAGCAGCAUCGCACUGUGUUGACAAUGGACGAAGUCGAUGAGGGCUUCUGCAGGAUGAUAACGGAGGGGGAAGAAGAGGCUUUUCUCAAAUCCAUUCCUGAUGGAUUUAUUCCUCCCGUAUUUCUCAUGGGAUACUCUAUGGGGUCUUGCGCAAUUCUUCGGCUGCUGGGCUCUUUGGGGCUGCAGCAGGCGUUUCAGCAGCUGCAGCAGCAGCUGCAGCAGCAGCAGCAGCGCGAAGGGUCCAGCAAGGACUCCGCACAGACCACGGCCGCGGACACGCCUAGCAGCGAGAGCAGCGAGUACAGCGGCAGCAGCAAACGCAGCAACAGCAACAGCAGCAGCAGCAGCAGCCAGCUGGAACUAUCCCCCUUUUGCAGGGACCUCGCAGCAGCAGUUGCCAGUGAAUAUGUGCCUUGUCUCGAGUGGCUUCGUUUCCUCAAAGGCGCAGUCACCAUCUCGAACGCCAUGUGCCUGGACAGCUGCAUCGGCUCCCUGGACCGCGCCGGCGGCGUCACCGGCCGGCUGUGCAAAAGCACAAUGCUGAAGAUGUACAAGGUGAAGCAGUGGCUGGAACCCAGCAACAAUUACCUCACAAAAGGGCUGGACCCUGGCCUAAUAGCUCUUUCGCAGAUGACGUCGACUUUGCGAGAGAUCGACCUGCUGACGCACUUGUCGAUUUGUUUCACUCCCUCUUCCCCGCUUUCCUGCACGCGCGUCUACUACGCCCUGACCACUUGCCUGCCGCACAUGCUGCUGGUCCCAGUGCCGCUGCUGUGUCUGCAUGCGCUGGAUGACCCGAUUGUGGAGCCUUUGGCAGUUUGCCGGGCUGCAGCAACAGUGCCCAAGUACAACCCGAACUGCACGUACGCAGUGGUGGGCCGGGGCGGCCACAAUCUGUUUCAAGAGUCGUUUUGGCCCUUGAUCGGCACCGCCGUGUGGCGCUGGCUCGGAACUGCAUGCAGAAACAUUAGCCGCAACUUUAGUGGAGACGAAAAGGCCAAAAAGGCGGGAAAAAGCGCAGAAAAAGGCGCAGAAAUGAACUACAAACAGCCCAGGGGCCUCUACGUGGACCACAGCUUCCAAGCCCGAGUUGCAGUGGAGUUCAUCACCGCGGUUUGGAGAAGAUGCGACUAA